AUCACUUCUGUCACAGCAGUGAUGAGCCAGUUCUGCUGCAGAGUUUGAGAAAGAAGGUUCUGCAAAAUGCCCACCUGGAUGUAUCUUCUUUUCCUGCUUUUCCCUGAAACCCCAACCUCAGAAGAAAACAAACUAAUAGUUAUCACUGCUGAGGAAGGGGAGUCUGUCAAUAUUACCUGCAAGUUUAACCAUCCGGAGAUUCUGGGGCUGAGUUUGAAACGGUCCCUUGCAAAAGUCAUGAAUGUGCUAUACGCGGUAGAACAUGGUAAAAGCAAGACCAUAGCUCCUGAAUAUGAAAAUCGCAUGGAGUACUUUGAGCUGAAGAACACAGCAACAAUAAUGCUGAAAGAGGUGAAGAAAAAUGACAGUGAUGUGUAUGUGUGUGGGGGCACCGUGAAAAUAAACAUGGAGCCCAAAAGAAUGAAUUUCAACAGUAUCAUCUUGGCAGUGAAAGCAGCCUCAGAUAUGAAGCCAACCAAGAGUUCCUCGUGUCUCUUGAUGCUGUAUGCCAUUGUCUUCAUGUCUCUGCUCUUGGCUUCUGGACUGGGAUAUCUUAUCUUAUCUCGUAUAGAUGUCAAGAAAUACUGCAAGAAAGGACAGGGAAAGGAAGCACAUCAUAUGGUCUAUGAAGACAUGUCUUACAGCCUGAGGCGCAACACUGUGAAUAAUCUGUAUGAGGGUCAGGGAUAGAAGUGAUCUCUCGCCAGCUGAAAUUCACUGUAGAUUUUAACAGAGCCUGUCCCAUCAAUCUUGCACACAGGAAUUUCACUGCUGCAAUGUUUUCUGUACAUAAUGAAUAACAGAGAGGAAAUCUGCUAAAAUUCAAAUUCAAUUUCAUAAUUGCUGUAAUAUUUACAAUUCAUUUUCAAAAAUUACCAGAACACUGAAAUUUUGAAGAGCAGUUUGCAAUUUAGCAUGUGUUGAGUGGCAAAGGUUUGGAACUCAAACCAUGCUGUUCAAAACGUGAGCACUGAAUUAAAAUGUGGACAUUCAUAUCAGGCUUUUUUGCUUCAAAUUUAAUCUUAGCACCAAGAUGGUUUUAAGCUCAAAUGGCUUCAAACCAGGAUAUUUGAAGACCACCUCCACCCACAAUAUCCUGCCCAUCAGCUGUGGUCAACUUUGUAAAGCCUGUUCAGUGUUUUGUCACCAAAGCAAUCCAAUGCAUGUCUGUUCAGAAGUAAGUUCCACUGAGUUCAAUAAGUCUUAAUUCCAGGUAAGCAUGUACUAAGAUUUCAGCCUGCAAUCCAAAUUUAACAGGGACAAGAAAAUGAGUAAAAGGCUUUUUGCCAUUUUAAGUUGUAGCAUUUUUCCUAAUCAAUUCCACAACCACUUUGGUAGAAGGUGCGAUGAAGGAGGUGUGAGUCACCCUGUCGGAAUAGGCGUUAGGGACAUGCAAUACUUUUAAACAAAACUUACCAGGAAUAGGUUUAUAUUUUUAGAAUUUUGCAUUUUUUUUUUGGCUUUGUGAUUUUUCAUUUCCUGUAACAUAAUUUCUCGGCUUUUUAUAUCUCAUAUUUGAGUUCAAAUAAAAAAGUGACCCUAGCAGGACUUCUCAGCUUGGGGGUUCUCCAAGAACCAUCUCUGUCACUUGAGGCUCAGGUAGCCUUGGUGGCAUGGAGUGCCUUCUACCAACUUCUGUUGGUGGCCCAGCUGCGCCCCUAUCUGGACAGGAUAACCUGUCUUCAGUUGUCCAUGCUCUGGUAACCUCCAAGUUAGAUUACUGCAAUGUGCUCUACGUGGGGCUGCCUUUGAAGACUGUUCGGAAACUGCAGCUUGUGCAAAAUGUGGCAGCCAGAUUGUUAACAGGGACCAGAUGGUUCGCGCAUAUAAAACCGAUUCUGGCCCACUUGCAUUGGCUGUCUAUAUGUUUCUGAGCCCAAUUCUAGCUGGUGGUUUUAACCUAUAAAGCCUUACACAGCUUGGGACCACAAUACCUGAUGAAACGCCUCUCCCAACAUGAACCCACCCAUACAUUACACUCAACAUCAAAGGCCCUCCUCCUGGUGCCUACUCUGAGGGAAGCUCGGAGGAUGGCAACAAGGGAAAGGGCUUUCUCAGUGGUGGCCCCCAAAUUAUGGAAUGAUCUCCCCGAUGUUCACCUGGCGCCAACAUUGUUAUCUUUUCAGCGCCAGAUCAAGACUUUCCUUUUCUCCCAGGCAUUCUAACAGCAUGUGCUGAGCUCUGACCCCAGGUCUUUUACCUGGUUUAUCUGUGCUUCAAGGUUUUAAAGUUUGUAUGGUUUUUAAAAUUGUAUAUUUGUUUUUAAUGUUCAAUGUUUUUAAUUUUUGUAAAGCACCCAGAGAGCUUUGUUUAUGGGGGGUAUAUAAAUAUAAUAAAUAACAACAACAACAACAACAACAACAGUGAUUAUUUCCUAAAUGCAAUACCAUACCAACCACAAGAAGAUUCCUACGAGUAAGGCAGAAAACUCACCAGCCCACAACCAGUCAGUUUUCUUAACCAAAACUAAAAAAAUCCUGGCAGGCAGCCAUCCAAGGUCACAGAAAUCCCCAAGCAGCACAACCUGACCUGAAGUCUGCGGUUAUUGCAGAAUGCUGUGGGGAAUGAUUGCUGACAUGAGUGAGACCCUAUCAGCACAUAAUACUUCUGCUCUGAAAUCUGUACUGGUUUCUGAUUUGCUACCAGACCAACAUCAAGGUGCGCUUUCCAUGUUAUGGGUGCUACAUAGUAGUUGUUUUGUAAGAAAUCAAUCCAUUAGUGUGGCAGCACCUAUGUUUUGGAACUCCCUGCCUAUUGACAUUAGACAGACACCUUCAUUGUAUUCAUUUUGGCACCUGCUAAAAACCUUUUGGUUAGGCAAACCUACCCAGGCAUGUGGAAGCUAUUAGAUUUUUAAUCUGUUUUUAACUCAUUGUUGGUUUUAUUAUUUUGAGUGUUUUAAAUAGCUGACUGUU